CACGGACUUGAUGACAAACUGCGCUAGGUUUACCGCGUAAUCAUGAGAAAUGCUAGAUACCCCGCGUUGCCCACGGGCGUGCAUCUUACAUCAGUAUAUAACGUAGAGAAUCGAGCCAGUACCGACGUAAGUACCAAGCCCCCUAUCGUCCCAUUGGCCGCCGAUUCGAUAAGCUUAACUUGACCGCCCAUCGUGGAUCGCCAGCGCUAGACUCACGGAAUGUCGCUUGCACCCGUCCCGCCUCCAGCCCUUCCGCUGGACCUGUCAUCGUACGCCGAUCAGAUCUCACUUUUCUCUGACUGCAACAGCUCCUCCGUUUCGUGCUCCAGUACAGCGGCCGAGGAAUCCCUGGAUGCGGCCUUACGAUAUUUGUACGCGGAAUCCGGAAUCCCUGCUCAACGACACCACCACGCUCAUCUGCAAGUAGAGGAAUUACAUACCAUCGAGAUUUCCGAGAAACUGUCACUGUUCAACCAACUAUUGACGGUCCGUCCGCCCUCACCGCCACUUCCCCACGAUGUGCUGGGAGACAUCAACACUGUUUUUGCAUUUCUGCCCCGCCGGCACGCGCUCACCCAGCUGGAUGACAUACCGACCGUUCCCGGCAACGAAAAAAUCUCAGUCUGGAAGGGCGACAUCACAAAGCUGGCCGGAGUCACUGCGAUUGUCAAUGCGGCUAACUCGCGGCUGUUGGGAUGCUUUCGUCCCGAUCACCCGUGCAUCGAUAACGCCAUUCAUGCCGCUGCAAGCCCAAGGCUGAGGAAGGACUGCGAGACAAUCAUCAAACUGCAAGGAGGCGAGGAGCCUACUGGCGAGGUCAAGGUUACGCGCGGGUAUUUCCUGCCUGCGAGGUUUGUUCUCCACACCGUUGGCCCCAUUGUUGCUCGCAAGCGGCCGUCGGAGAACCAGGCGGCAGAGUUGGCAAGAUGUUACAGUAGGUGCCUCGAGGCGGUCGAGACACUCCCAGCGGGGAAUGAAAUGUCAAUAGCUUUCUGUUGCAUCUCGACCGGAAUGUUUGGGUACCCAGCAGACCAGGCCGCCGAUAUCGCAAUCUCGACGGUAACGGACUAUCUUCGGAAGAAUCCCGCAUCAAAAGUGCAGAGGGUCAUAUUCAACGUCUUCACCGAAGACGACCUGGCGCUGUACACCUCGCGUCUUUCACCAUCAGCACCACUUGUCCAGCCGGCUCAGCCACUCCCACCGACAGUUGCAGCCGCGAUAGGUAUGCUAUCAUCCGCCGACGCACUCCUGAUCACCGCCGGUGCGGGAUUAUCCGCCAGCUGCGGGCUAGACUACACCUCCCGCUCACUCUUCUCCGAGCACUUCCCUGGGAUGACACCUCGGGGUCUGACCUGUUUCUACGACGUAUUUGGCUACAAUUUCCCCAACGAACUCGAAAAGUGGGGCUACUACUUCGCGCACAUGUCCACAGUCAUGAACUGGCCCCUGGGCACAGCGGACGCAUAUUGCCACGUCAAAACGCUAAUCUCCCGCUUCACCACGGACUCCUGGUUUGUACGCACGUCCAACGCCGACGGACUAUUCUCGCGCCACGGGAUCGACCCGGACCACAUCUCGACGCCGCAGGGUGACUACCGCUACCUGCAGUGCGCACGCAGGUGCAGCCCCGACGCCGUCUUCGCCUCUGCACAAUUCCAGGAACGGGCUCGUCCCCACCUCGACGCUCGUCAGCAGAUACUCCGCGACCCGGCAGCAAUCCCCAAGUGCUCCUACUGUGGCGGGAACAUGUUCCUCUGUGUCCGUGCAGACGAAUACUUCAACGACAAGCCUUUCCGUGCGGGAAACCAGCGGUACCGCGAGUUUCUCGCACGCGUGAAGAAGCAGGGGAAGAAGUUGGUCGUACUCGAGAUCGGCGCGGGGUGGAAUACGCCCGCUGUGUUGAGGUGGCCGGAUCAGUCGCUGGUUGAGAAUGGGGACGCGCAAGCGCUAGUCAGGAUUGGUAUUAAAGGUGACGAGGAAGUGCCCUGGGAGCUGAUGGAUGGCGAAGGUGAGAUGACGAGGGCAGUAGGCAUUAAUGGGGAUGCGACUUGGGCGUUGGGUGCGAUUGUGCGGGGUUGAAGGAGGUCUAGGGAGGAGGAAGAAACAUGAUAUAUAGCACAUAGACGUUAGUUUUCAUGGUUUCGGGCAUACCGAGGAUUGUCAAUUCCUGUAGAUACCAAGCUGUAAACUAGCCGUGACGUGCUGUCGAUGGGAG